UCAGGAUUUCUCCAUUUUCGGAAUUAGCCUGACAUUAAUUGUUAUCAAUUUAUCAUUCGCCGAUUGUCUAUUAAGAGAUAAGUCACGCGAGACAAAAAGUCGAUUUUCGAUAAUCUCAAUUAUUUUUAUUUUUUUUUUGCUCUUUUGCUUUUUAAACGAAAAAAAAACAGAUUUUCAAAACGACUUGUGUUUCGGUGUUUCUUUUGAACAAUCGCGUGGAAAAAAAGUGUUCAUUUCAAAGUUUUUAUUUAUUUUUUUUUAUAUAUUUUCAAAUGGAACUGGAAAUGAAAAUAAUUUUUUCUUUCAAUUAAAAAUUACAAACGAGAAAAAGUGUUUUUUUUUUAAAAAGAAAAAUCAAAAAUAAUCUUCAUUAAGAGAAGCAUUUUUGUAAUUAAAAAACAAAUCUCAUAAACAUUCGAAUUUCAUGGAAAUUAGAAGAAGAAACCAGGAAAAUUUCCCUGAGCGGAUUAAGAAAAGUUUAAUAUUAAAGUCGAGUGCGCGAAUCUUGAAAUUAAUUUUUUUUCCCCUUUGAUGACGAGCAGAAAAUAUAAAUAUUAAAAAAUGAAAUUAAAAAUUUAAAAUAAUUAUUAAAUUAAUUAAAUAAUUUAUUUCGUAACUUUUUCUAAUAAUGUAUAAAUAUACAUUUAACAAAUGUGGUUUGUAUAGUCAAUCGUGUGUGAAUUAAAAAAAAAAAAAUAAAUAAAUAAAAAUAUUUUUCAAUUAAAUAUUUUUGUGUGAUAAAAGUGAGAAAAUGCCACCUCAAGAAAGUUUUGGUGUACCGGAUACGGAGCGUGUGUCAAAAACGGAAAUAUGUGAUAAUUUUAAUGCGAAUUCAUGUCGAAUAUCGACAAUUAGUCAAAAUCGGGAUUCAAAUGAAAAAAAUGAAAAAACAAGUGUUGCAAAUAAUAAGAAACGAAGGGACAUGGAUUUCGAUGAAUUAUUACCAUACGUUGGUGAAUUUGGAUUUUAUCAAAAAAUUCUCUUUCUUCUCAUGAUACCGUUCACAUUUUUUGUCGCUUGGGUUUAUUUUUCACAAAUUUUCAUUACUUUGGUACCGGAGGAGCAUUGGUGUAAAAUUCCCGAACUCGAGAAUCUCACAAUGGAAGAAAGAGUAGCGCUGGCCAUACCUCGGGAUUCACAUCAUCGGAACCAUGUAACUCAUUCGAAAUGCUCCAUGUAUGACGUAAAUUACAAGGAGAUAAUGGAAAAAGGAAUAAAAGUGGCAGAUCCAAACUGGCCUGUCACCCACUGUAAACACGGAUGGGAAUUCAAUUAUACAGUCAUACCUUAUUCCACCGUCGCAACCGAGUUGGAAUGGGUUUGCGAGAAUGCAGCAUUGCCAAGUUCUGCCCAAAGUAUAUUUUUUGUUGGGGCAAUUUUUGGUGGUCUGAUAUUUGGAUGGAUUGCUGAUCGAUAUGGAAGAAUUCCAGCAUUAGUUGGAGCAAAUUUAGUUGGAUUUUUCGCUGGGGUUGCAACAGCAUUUUCUACAACAUUUUGGGAAUUUGCAGUGUGUCGAUUUUUAUUUGGUUUCGCUUUCGACAAUUGUUUCACAAUGAUGUAUAUUCUAGUCUUGGAAUACGUGGGACCAAAAUGGCGGACAUUUGUGGCGAACAUGUCUAUUGCAAUUUUCUUCACAUUCGCAGCAUGUCUAUUGCCAUGGAUAGCAUAUUUUUUGGCAGAUUGGAGAAUGACGUCAUUGGUCACGUCGAUACCAUUAAUUUUGGCAAUUGCUGCGCCAUGGUUGGUGCCAGAAAGUGCCCGUUGGAUCGUCAGUCAAGGGAAAGUGGAUAAAGCAAUUGGAAUAUUGAAGAAUUUCGAGAAAAUGAAUGGCACCAAAGUACCUGAUGAUAUUUACGAAGAAUUUAGGGAAUCAUGUGCGAGGAUUCAGAAGGAAGAGGAAACGGGAAAGACUUAUUCAGUUUUGGAUCUUUUUAGAACUCCUCGUCUUCGUAAUAUUACGUUACUUCUCAUUUUAAUUUGGAUGAUGAUAUCGUUGGUAUUCGAUGGACAUGUGAGAAAUGUGAAUAAUCUCGGGCUCGACGUUUUUGUCACGUUCACUAUCGCAGCAGCAACGGAACUUCCGGCGGAUACGCUUCUCACCCUCGUUUUAGAUAGAUGGGGUCGUCGGUGGUUGGCUUGUGGUUCUCUGGUCGUAUCAGGCAUUUUUAGCGUUUGGGCUUGCACCGUUUCCGACCAUAUUUAUGCGGCAACUUUGGCCAUAAUGGGAAGAUUCUUCGUGAACAUAUCGUACAACAUUGGCCUACAGUAUGCGGCUGAAUUAUUGCCAACUGUUGUCAGGGCUCAAGGUGUGGCACUGAUUCACAUAAUGGGAUAUGUUGCGAGCAUUGCUGCUCCAUUUGUGGUUUAUUUGGAUUUCGUAUCUCCCGUAUUGCCACUGCUUGUUCUUGGAACUCUGGGAAUUCUUGGUGGCAUUCUUUCUCUUCUUUUGCCAGAAACCCUUGAUCAGGACCUUCCGCAAACACUUCAGGACGGCGAGGACUUUGGAAGAGAUCAAGGCAUUUGGGACAUGCCAUGUCUAAUGAAAAAAGCGGAAGAUGAGGAAACGCCGCCUCUGCCACCUUUGAGAAGAGUCAUUGAGGGAGAUUCCAUUCGAGCCUCAAUGAGAGCUUCACUUCGCGGUGAAACUUUGCGAAGUAGCAUGAUACAAAGGUCAAGUGUGAGGUCACGAAAAAGUCUCAAUUCCCCAAUAAUCGAAGUAGCAAGAUUAUAACAUUAAAACAACAAUCAAAGAAUCCAUUUGGAAAGGAAUUUUUUCCCUCUCUUCCAAAAUUGUGUGAUAACUCAUAAAUUUAUUUACAUAAUCAUUUUUAUUUUCACAAUUUUUCUAAGUUUAUCAAAUUGAGAUCAAAAACGUAUCAAAAUUGUUGAUUUUUGUCUCAAUUUGAUAUAAUUAGAAAAACUGUCCCACUAUAACUAUAUAAAGACGAAAUUCUUCUGCUUUUCCAUAUACAGUGUAUAUAUUCCUUACAGUCUACAUAAAAAUCAAGAAAAGUAUUUUUAACAAAAAAAAAAAAAGAAAAGAUUUUUCUAAUUAGUUGUAAUUUUAUUGUUAAACGAUCUGAAUUUUUUUUUGUAUCCACAAUAACGAGCUGUGACGUGUGCAUUUGAAAGCGAAGGACACAAUGUUCACUUAAGUCUUAAUAAUAAUGGACAAUUUUCAAUCACGCAAGGCCAAAAUUGUAAUAAUAGUAACGAUCAGUGUACAUAAAGAGUAAUUUUCUAAAAUUUAAAAUUCCUCAUCAAAGAUUCAUUAGGAAAAAAAAAGAAUUCAUGCGUGUUUAUUUAAAAAGAAAAAAACAUUUUUCUCAAGAAGGUAACUAA